AUGUUGCGGUUAGGAGUUUUGUUGUGCGUCAUUUAUUUGGCUUUAGGAAGCCCCCCAGUUACUAAGACUAGAGAGGAAAUUGAGGAGUUCCGGCAAUUUUUGGAAAAUAGCCGUACAGAUAGCGGAGUUCGAAUAGAUUCUCGAAUGUUGGCCAAUCCCCAAGCCAACAUUUGGGAAAACAGUGGAAAGUUCCAAGGUGACAUUGUUUUGGACGACUGGCAAGUUGAGGCUCUAGUCACAAAUUUCGCUGCUGGUAGAGCAGCAUACAUUUGGCCCAACACUAAGUGGCCCGGCAAUGUUGUGGUUUAUGAUUUUGGGCCUAAUGAAUUCAAUGCUGCGCAACAACGGACUAUCUUAAACGCCAUUGGUUGGAUUGAACGUUAUUCUUGCGUCAGAUUCCGUCGCCGUAAUGCUAAUGAUAGAAACUACGUCUUAUUGACAGGUAGAUCUGAUGGUUGCUAUGCCAGCGUUGGUUACUGGGCAGACCGUGGUGUCCACACCCUGAACUUAGCUCGUUCGAAUCCUGGAACAGGUUGUCUUUGGGUCACCGUCAUCAUCCACGAAUGGCUUCAUGUACUUGGGUUCUUCCAUAUGCAAUCCACAUACACGAGAGACAAUUACGUGCAAAUAAACUUUGACAACAUCGUUAGUGGUAUGGGACAUAACUUUGAUCGUUACGAAAAUAAUAUUGUCAGUAACCUAGCCUUACCCUAUGAAUAUACCAGCUGCAUGCACUACAGCUCCCACGCUUUUAGCCGCAACGGACAACCAACUAUCAUCCCUCUUAGGAGUUUCUCAGGAAUAAUGGGCCAACAAGAUCACGUCACUACUUUAGACUGGUUAAGACUGCGUAGACACUACAACUGCCCCGGUGCUUGGGCUCAAGAUGAAGUUGAACUACUGGAAAAAGAAGUGCAACUUAAUAGUCCACUGCACGAAAAAUCACCUUCAGCAAAAGUUGAAGCUGAAGAAGCUCCCCUUGAGGUCGAAAAAAUUUCUGAAGCCAAAGAAACUCCAUAUGAAGUCGAAAAAAACCAACAAUCUAAUGAUCAGUCGUCAAUUGCUGCUAUUGAAGUCGAAGAGAUUCCUUAUGGAGUCGAAGAAAUUCUUUACGAAGCUGAAGAAACUCCCUAUGAAGUCGAGGAAAAUCAACAAUCUGAAGACUUGUUACCAAUUAUUGUCGUGGAAGCCGAAGAUAGUCAACAAUCUGAUGAUUUUUCACCAGUCGGUGUUGUUGAUGCUGUAGAAGUUCCGUUUCCGGCGUAAACCUCAAAUCGCAAUUUAUAAUUAAUAAUGAUAAUAAAUUUUGUACUAAAUGUAAUAAAUACCAAUUUUUAAAUAAACUACAUGUUUUAUGUAUCUUUAAUAGGACAAGAAACCCUUGCACAGUAGUGGGACAUAUUAAACAGGCUGUAUUACAUUAAAAUACAAUACGAUUAUUAGGUUGGGAUUGUGA